UUUAUAACGAAUCAUAGCGUUUUGCUCCAUUCGUUAUAAAAAAAUUCCAGUAAACGACUUCAGCAAAUAGAAAAAAGUAUCAACAUUCAUGAUAAUAAUUAUGAAUUAUGUAAAAAAAUGUCAUCAAAAAAAAGUCACCACGAGAAACGAGAAUUCAUGGGUUGUUACAACGUAGGAGAUUUGUGAGAGAUUUCAAGAUGUAUUCACACUAAAAAUGCUCACAUGAAUACAGUACACAAAGAGUUUAUUUUGCAAGUUUACUCAUUCAACUUAAUGAAUACAUUUCACAAAUAGUUUAUUUAACAAGGUAAUUAAGCAGUGAUUGCUAGCGAAUAGUUGUUAUAAUUUUCAGCAGGAGAAAAAUGAAACAAUUUGAAGAAUUAGAAAUAAAGAGUAUGUCAAAUACAAGUCUUCAAAGUUUCUUAACUUUGUACCGUGAGAGUUACCAGGUGCUUCCACCAAAAGGUCCAGUUACAUUGCACCAGAAAGCACUGUUUGUUUUUUGGAUAAUUAUAUCAUUCAUAUGGUUGCUUAAAAGAUUUACUAGCAAUAAAACUUCCAGUAAUGAAGAUGUUCGCCUUGACGUUGAAAAGAAUGCAAAGGAAAAUGAAGAAAAAAAUUCGAAUAUAUCUCCUAAGAGCGUAACUGAUGCUUUAUUUGCUGUGUUUAUAAUAGGGUGGAUCAUGGUUUUUUACUUUUUGUGCGAUUAUCUUCAUUAUUUUCCAAAAGCUGAUCGUGUUUACAACAGAGAUUUAUUUAUAUUUCUGUCUAUAAUGUUAUUUCUUGUUGCAUUGUCUUUUACAUGGACAGUUGGUCCAUCAGGAAAGUUAUUAAAUCGUGAUCAAACGGAAGAAUGGAAAGGAUGGAUGCAAGUUAUGUUUGUAUGGUAUCAUUAUUUUAGAGCAGCCGAGACAUAUAAUGCGGUGCGAGUGUAUAUUGCUGCAUAUGUAUUCAUGACUGGGUUUGGAAAUUUUUCUUUCUUCUGGGUGCGCAAAGACUACUCUUUACGCCGUGUUUUAAAAUUACUUUUUCGAUUGAACUUUUUAGUAGCAGUUGUUGUAUUAGUUACAGACAACCAGUAUAUACUAUAUUAUAUAUGUGGAAUGCAUACUUUUUGGUUUGUUACAGUUUAUAUUAUGAUGCGACCUUUUCAUGAGUUAAAUCAUGUUAAAAAAGUGAUGCUCGCAAAGUUUGUUUUAUAUUUUGUUGUAAUAUACGUCAUAUUUGAUGUACCCAAUGUUGCUCAAUAUGUCUUCUUGCCGUUUUCUAAUUUACUUGGCUAUGGAGAUCCCCCAACUUUAAAUGAAUGGAUUUUCCGAAGUGGGUUGGACCACUAUGUAACAUUAAUUGGAAUGAUUUGCGCUUAUUUUCAUCCAAAUUUAGAAAAACAAUUAAACUUCAUUAACAAUCACCGCAAUAAUAUUGCGAUUAAUAUCUUAAUUAGCAUAGUUAUUUUUCCUAUAUUAGUAUUAUGGUAUAAAUAUGUAUUUGUUCUUUCAAAAUAUCCAUAUAAUGUUCUACAUCCUUACACAUCAUUUAUACCGAUAAUUGCUUAUGUUUAUUUUCGAAAUUCAACUAGUUGGUUGCGACGUAGUCACUGUACUAUGUUUGCUUAUUUAGGAAAAAUUACUUUGGAGACAUACAUAUCUCAGCUACAUAUUUACUUGCAAAAUGACGCUAAGUAUAUUUUAGUAUAUUUACCUGAAUUUCCGCUAGUAAACUUUAUUUUCAACACGUUUAUUUAUUUGUAUAUUGCCAAUCUUCUUUUUCACGCAACCGUAACUCUUAAUGAAUUCAUAUUCCCAAGUGACUAUAAAGAAAUGUUUAAAAGGAUCUUAGUUAUAGCAGGCUUGGUGGCAGGUUCAUACUUAGUGGUUUUUGUUACGCAUUUCGUAUGAAAUUUUAAAAUCUUGUUAAAGUGUUAUAUAAACGUGAUUACAUUAAUGUAAAUUAUAUUAACUUAAUUGGUUAAUAUUUGUUUUGUGAAUUUA